AGAAAAGGCAACAUGGUGAUACUAUGAAUGUGAAUUGAUAAUUUGCUAAUUACUAAUGUGAUUGGAUUUUUCUUUGAAAAUCCAAAUCAGAGUGAUGAGUAAAAGUUUGGAAGGCUAAAAGAUUGACUAGAAAUAUAAUAGGUCUAUUUGAUCAUUUUUCAAGAAAUUUUUUAGAGGCAAAAAAAUUUGAAAAAAAAAAAACAGAUAAGAAACAAUAUUUCAAAAACCUUUGAUCUGAAUGAUUGGGAAAAAAUUGAGCCAAAAUAAUUUGAUCGAAACGAUAACACGAAACCUGCCUCAUUUUGACAUGUCUAGCUAUUAGUUUUGUCAACUUUAACUAACCUUUUGACUUGGUCUCACACAAUAGCUUUAUUAGGUUAAUCUAAUGUAGAUUUAUUGUUUUAUAGUGACCAUUUAUAAUUUUAAAAUGAUUCUUUAAAGGUUUAAAGUGAUAAUUUUUAUAAUCGUAGAGUGAUGAUUGCUUAUAACCUGAUCAUUUAAAAUAUUAAAAGUGGUUAAUUUGAGAAAUAGACUAAUUAUAUAAAUUCAUUUUAUGAUGAGACGAUUUUAUCGUAUAAAGCGUUGACAAAUGCAAGUAGAAAUUACCUUCUUUACAUUUUUAUUGAACAGAAACAGAACGAAGCCUAAACACUAACACAAUUCCAAUUUCCAAUUCCUACAGAACUUCUUAAUCUCAUCCCUUUUAUUGUUUGAAUAUUAAUGGUUUCCGAUAAUCAAACAAGAAGAAGGCAAAAUAUCUAUCAGUUGUUCUUCAUACUCCUUCAAAUUCUGGUUCUAUUAAGCUCUCACUCAACAUUUGGGUUGAAAAUUUUGCAGCCAAGGAAAGUAGGAUCUUCAUUCAAAAUUGCCAUUUUUGCAGACUUGCAUUUUGGGGAGAAUACUUGGACUAAUUGGGGUCCUAAACAAGAUGUCAAUUCUCUUAAAGUCAUGUCCUCUAUUCUUGAGGUUGAAAACCCAGAUUUUGUUGUAUAUCUUGGAGAUGUGAUUACAGCCAACAAUCUAGCAAUAGCAAAUGCAAGCCUGUAUUGGAAUCAAGCUACCUCACCCACAAAAGACAGGGCCAUACCUUGGGCCGGUGUGUUCGGUAAUCAUGAUGAUGCUCACUUCGUGUGGCCUAAGGAAUGGUUCGAAAAAGAUGGGAUUCCUGCUCGAUGUUGCUUACCGUCUAGCUCUUCGUUCAUGGGCGAUGGAACUUGCAGCUUUUCGGGUACAACAAGAGUCGAGUUGAUGAAGAAUCAGAUAGAAAAUGACACGCUAUCAUUCUCUCAGCAGGGACCGAAAAAUCUAUGGCCAAGCGUAUCGAACUAUGUCCUGCAAAUCUCAUCGUCAGAGAACUCAAAGUUGCCCGUGGCAUUCAUUUACUUUCUUGAUUCCGGAGGAGGUUCCUACCCUGAAGUCAUUUCGAGUGCCCAAGCAGAGUGGCUUAAAAACAUCUCGAAAGAAAUUAAUCCCCACCAUAGAAUUCCUGAAAUAUUCUUUUGGCACAUACCAAAUAAAGCAUAUAAAAGGGUUGCACCUUGGUUAUAUUUGAUUCCAAAGCCUUGUGUGGGUUCAAUAAAUAAGGAUUCUGUUUCUACUCAAGAAGCUGAAUUGGGGAUCAUGAAGGUUUUGGAAGAUCGACCAUCGGCCCAGGUUGUGUUCGUAGGCCACGACCAUGGCAACGACUGGUGCUGCCCUUACAAGAAAAUGUGGUUGUGCUAUGCUCGACACACUGGUUAUGGUGGCUAUGGGAAUUGGCCGAGAGGAGCUAGAAUUUUGGAGAUCGUAGACCACCCUUUUGCCCUCAAGUCAUGGAUAAGGAUGGAAGAUGGCUUUGUACAUAGUCAUAUUCUUUUGAGUUCUCAAACAAUCUCUAUGUCUCCAACUUUGUUUUUGUGGGUUUUACUUUUGGUUUUGUUGUUUGGCAUCAUCAAAUCCUUGUUCUCGGCUAUUAUUUCGAAAGUACAAGCCUUCCUCUCACCGACUUCUUAUAACCUAUUAUGAUUAUUAGAUGUGUAAUCUAAGUUGUAAUAAAUCACAAAUAUACAAACAUUUUAUUAUUAUAAACAGUUUAAAUUUGGCCCGACCCCUCUCCAAGUCUUCUCCUUCCCUUAGCCUAAACCAUAUACGUAUACUCCAUAUUUUUUCUGUUAUUGUUCGUCUAUAUAAAUUCUAAUACUCUGUUAUGAUAAGUGUAAAGUAGCAUAUUCCGUAGACAUUCAAAUACAUCCACAAUAUCUUUCUCUAUAUUUUGAAAAAUAAAAUAAAAAGAAGGAAUAAUAAAAGUAGUCAAAUAUGCGUUCAUAGC